AUGAUUCCAAGGCUAUAUCGGAGUUUUUCAAUAUCGACUACUUUGCGUAAUGAACUACUAGACACGGCUAAGAUGUUACAAUCGAGUUCCCUGAACACUUUAAACCAGCCCAAAAAUUUCAAAAUCCACACCACUAAACCAACAUCGCCAGAAUCUUACGAACGAACCGUUUAUCCAACCAACUACAAUAAACCACAAGAUGAAACCUUGGAAAAUUCUGAUAUUCCAAUGAUCAAAAUAACCGAGCUAUCUCGUGAUUUAACUACGGGUCUAACCACUGCCACUACAUCCAUUGCAGAUUAUUUCUUUGGUAAUACUCAUCAUUCACAUCAUGUAUUCUACCUGAACCUAACUGUUCUUAAAGCUAAACGUGCUGCAAAAGUUGAGAACAAAAAAUUUAUUGAUUUAAAAUUGAUUAAAUUGACCAGUGGGAAUGGUGGUAAUGGAUGUGUUUCAUUUUUCAAGGAUAAUUUCAAACCAAUGGGACCACCGGACGGAGGUGAUGGAGGCAAUGGUGGUAGUAUUUAUUUGAAUGUUGUUGAUAAAAAUAUCACUAGUUUACAUGGAUUACAAAAGAGAUAUGUAGCUAAAGGUGGACAGCCAGGUAAAGGAUCACAAUUGGAUGGGAAAAGUGGAGAUGAUAUAAUUAUUGAUAUCCCGUUGGGGACAAUAGUUCGAUGGAUACCAGAUCCUCAAGAUUUUAAAAAAUUCGUUAGUCAAAGAGAAGGUGACGCAUUAAAUGAUGUUUUCAUGGAAUUUGAUAUUGAUGAUCGUGAUUUUAUUCAGUUGAAUCGUGGAGGAUACCGUCCUGGCGAAGGAUGGAUAUUUAAAGAGCAUGAUGAAGAAUAUUUUAGAGACAAGGAUUUUUUCCAAGAUUUGAAUGAAAAAGUUACUGGUUAUGAUGAGGAAUUACUAUUUGAAGAAAGUUAUAAUGAUAGGUUCCCCAUUGUCGGCUUAGAUUGUAAUCAAGUUACGCAGAAGCCUCUAUUAUUGUUACGUGGUGGUAAGGGAGGACUUGGUAAUAUGCAUUUUUUGACUAAAGAAAUCAAAGGACCAAGGUUUUGUAAAAUGGGGAGACCAGGAAUUACUGCUAACUUUUUGUUGGAAUUGAAGCUAAUUGCUGAUUUGGGGUUGGUGGGAUUACCUAAUGCCGGCAAAUCUUCUUUGUUGAGAGCAAUUUCAAAAGCUCGACCAAGGGUUGGUCAUUGGGAAUUUACUACUUUGCAACCUACUGUGGGGACAAUCUUUACAAGGAUUGAUAAGGACCCAUUCACUGUGGCUGAUAUUCCAGGUAUUAUAAAAGGUGCAUCCCAGAAUAAAGGAAUGGGUUUGGAUUUCUUGCGACACAUUGAGCGUUCAGGAGGAUUGGUGUUUGUUGUUUCGUUGGAGUCGGCAAAUCCAGUCGAUGAUUUGAAAAUCUUAUUAGAAGAAGUGGGUCCUCGUCGUAUGAAAGAUAAAAAUGUAUUGGUGGUUGCUACAAAAGCUGACUUAAGCUCUGAAGGUGCUAAUUUCAAGGUGCUCCGUGAUUACAUUGAACACAAUCAUAGCGAAUGGAAGAUUGUACCUGUUUGUGCUCCAAAGGGAGAGAAUGUUGAGAGGUGUAUCAAGUUGAUGAGUGAAAUAGCUCAGACGAAGAAGAAACCUUAA